GCCAGCCUGCCCGCCCGUCCGCCGGACAAAGCCGAGAGCCCGCGCCCACAGCCAUGUCCUCGUCCGCCGGCAGCGGCCACCAGCCCAGCCAGAGCCGUGCCAUCCCCACGCGCACCGUGCCCAUCAGCGACGCCGCGCAGCUACCUCACGACUAUUGCACCACGCCCGGCGGGACGCUCUUCUCCACCACGCCGGGAGGAACCCGAAUCAUUUAUGAUCGAAAAUUUCUGUUGGAUCGUCGCAAUUCUCCAAUGGCUCAGACCCCGCCCUGUCAUCUGCCCAAUAUUCCAGGAGUCACUAGCCCUGGCACCUUAAUCGAAGACUCCAAAGUAGAAGUAAACAAUUUGAACAACUUAAACAAUCAUGACCGGAAGCAUGCAGUUGGGGAUGAUGCUCAGUUUGAAAUGGACAUCUGACUCUCCAGCAAGGAUUAGAAGAGCAGCAGCAUGGAGGCCUGUGUGUACCUGACUUGACCAAUAGGAUCCACAGUGGAAAGACAAGAGGCAGCACCAGCAGUUCCCCUUGCAGUUUGCACUGCCCCCCUCCUGCAGGUGCCAAAUAAUGGGAUGAUGAGCUGCAUCUGACCAUUUCUCCUCCUCUCCUCUUACCCUUCCCACUUAGAUUAGCUUGAAGGCCCUGGGAGUAUUUGUGUAGAACCAAGCAGUCCGUAGCAGAAACAUUUGAACCAGCUUCCUUGGUCAUUUUUCUAUUGAAAACCACCUAUCCCCCCUCAGAUCUGCCCCAAACCAAAUCUCAGCACCCCGAUAACUUCCUGCUGGGGCUUCCGGCAAAGGGAUCCAGAGGUUUGGCGGGUUCUGCAUUGUUCAUUUUCCUUAACCUCCUCUCUCCUCCCUGGCUCUGGAUCCUGCCUGUGCUUCAGUGCUGCAAUAUUGUAGGUUUGGGUCUUUACAACCACCAGAGGAAAUGUCAAAAGAGAGAGCUGCUCUCCCUUUUACCUUCAGCGUGUGUCCUUCAGGAGGGCACACGGUUUGUGCGACUCUGGUAGCGUUACCCUGUGACACAUUUUGAAGCCCCUUCCCCUCUUUCCUCUGGGAGGAGUGCCUUCUGCCCUGGCCUCAUAGUCCAUCCCGCUAUUCCUUUCCAUAGAUGUGUGUGCAGACAUGUUUAAACUGUGUCAGAAGAGAGCCCUCAGGAAUGGCUGUUCUUUGCUCCCUGCCAUUCCUGCCUGCUUGCUCUGACUGCUGGCAGAGUCCUCUGUAUAUCCGGUGGUUUAUCUGCCCCCAGAGCAAGUCCAUCCCAAGUCAGAGAGGCGCAUCAGCCUCCACUGGUGGGGAAAGCCCGAAGGCAGUGUUGUGCCAGGUCAUCCGUGAGGGUGGCCCCUGGAGAGUGUUGAAUCUCUGGCAUGCCCCGGCCCAGCAGUCGCUGUUUUAAGAGCCAAUGAGCAUUGUCGUAUUUGUUGUCCUCUAUGUGAGUUUAAAGCUGCCUCUCAGGUUAUUCCAAGACAAGAGCUCUCUUUCCCUUGGCUGGUCUGCUUUGUUUGACUGCUGGGAUAGAUAAGCAUGGGCUUCAGAGUGUGUUCCUCCCAGUUUUCUUGCCUUUCCCACUGUACUCCGGACUUCCCCUUCCUCUUCAUUCCUCCUUCCUCCCUCUUUCCCUUCUCUGCCAGGCUGUUUUUCAAAUCCACUUCAAAGAUACCUCUAGUGUUGGUAUCUGAUAAUACCUGUUACUGCUCUUAUUUGAGGAGUAACCUUUUAUUUUUAAGAUGACUACAGACCUAUUUUUAGAUAUGUUUUCAGUACAAUUCUGAACAGCAACUUUUUAAUUAAACACCAUCCAGUGUUAGGAAGGUGGGAAAUGUCCAUUGGCAAGUCUGCUGUUCUGUGUCACAUCCCCGUCCCUUCUGAGCUCUCUCCUGCCUCCCCCAACUUGGGUGUGUGUGUCUGCAGUUUGUAGAGUGGUUUGUGAACCUGGAUCAUUCUGCCUUGCUGUGGGUUGUUCAGGAAACCCGCCCAUUCUUUCUGCUGGCCCUGUGCUUUCUCAUUCACCCUCCUUGCCUCCUGCCUGUCCUGGGGCUGUGGACUGGCACGGUAAUCCCAGGAGUGGGACUCCUCUCAUAGAUGAAUGCAUCCAUAAGUAAAGGAGCCACCGUGUCCUGGAAGUUGGCAACAAUCAGACUCCAGGGUGAGAGCAGGGCUACUCCUGAUCAGCUAAGAAAGAAAGCUGUUUAUCUUUGGAACUAUCAACGCCCCUGUUUGUGAACACAUUGUAGGAAGAAGAGAGGAGGGAUGUCUGUGGAACUUUGUUCUGUUUUCUGCUACAAAAUGUGAAUAGUGCAAAGAGUGAAAACCUUUUGUGAUGGUUGAUGUCUCAGGAAUAAGCUGGAUCUCCAAUGUUUGGGGGAUGCUUUGACUCUCAAAACCUGAUAAUCAGAAAAGUAUUUUUUUUUUGUUUGUUGAAUGUGUCCCUGUUCUGAUUUUAAUUAAACUCCAAAUUUCGCUUUA